GCCGCACGCUCUAUUGCCGUUGAGUCUGUCGCCGCGUUCAGACAUUGCCGCGAAAUUUAAAAAUAUAAAGUUCCUAAAUUGUUUAUGGUCAGUUUUUAAAUUUUAAUUUAGAACUAGUGAGGUGCGCAGUGUGGAUUGAUUGAUGAUUAGUGACUUAAUUGACAUUUAAGUGAGGCGUUUUUGUUGGGCAGUGAGUGUUGUGUGAUGAUUGCUCUGCCACUCUGUUAGUUGAGAGUGCAGCAUGAGAGUUGUUCAGUUUCUGCUGUUGGCGCAUGCGGUCUACGCCAUUACAGGACCUAGGACAGAAAAUGAAUUCGACAGAAGAAGACUAGUGUCUCUGGAGCACCCAGGAUUCACCGAGCACCAGACACGAUUCGGGCUGAGCUCCCCCCUCCAGAGCUUCCAGCAAUCCUCCCUCCUCAGCAGCCCCACACCCUCUACCCUCCAGUUCCAACAACCCAUCUUCCAACAGCAACAACCCUCCUUCUUACCCUCUUUCAACAGCAUAAUCCCAAACCCUAACAUCCAAAGUCUCGGCCUCCAAAAUAAUGUCCAGUUACCAAACAACAACGCCUUCCAAUUCACACAAGCACCGUCCCUAAACUCCCCAGUUUUACAGAAUUCUUUCACGCAAAAUUUAAGGCCCAUAGCCCAACCACAGAAUAUACUCCCACAACCACAACCUACUAUACCAACUUUCCCAAGUAAUGGAUUCCAUCAAGUAUCAAACUCUCAGAACUUCAACCAAAAUCCCAAUGGACACACAAACACUGUUAACAUAGGACAACAAAGACCGACACAGGCUGCAUUCUUGCCAACGCUCCCGGCCCCAGCUCCUAUAAACCACCAAGGUGCCUUCAGCCACCCCAACCCGAUCACAAUCCAACCCGCACCAAAUCUAGCCCCACAAAAUCUCAACUUGAAUAAUGCACAAGUUCCCUUCCAAUCCAAUCUAGGCCAAGCUCCGUUAUUUUCCAACGGCCAAAAUUCCCAAAUCCAAGAUUUCUUUGAUCAACAAUCGCACGAAAAUCUUGAGAAACUAAAAGAACUUCAAGAAAGGCAGAGAAUCAUUCAAAAACAUCAAGAAUUCGUGCACAAACAACAGCAGAAGCAGCAGGAGAAAGUGGAAAAAUUGCAUGAAGAAUUUCUAUCAAAACAAGCAACUAAAACCACCUAUCCUACCACAGAAAGUUACCAAAGUUAUUUGAGAACCACACAAGAUAGACGUAGACCCAUUCUACCACAGGAACAAGAUUUGUUCAGGAAAGCCGUAGAAAUAUACGAAAAGGAACACCCUACCACCACUACUACAACGACGACAACAACCACUACCACAACGCCCCCACCUAUUCCUAGAUAUAAACCUAGACAAAAGCCAAAACCUAGAAAUCCCCCUCAGGAUAAAAAUAAACAAAAAUUAUACAAUGAAAUAAAGAAUCUUCUUGAAGAAAGUGAAACCAAAGGAUUUGAUGAUAGUCUAAGGGCCAAGAGCGUGGCCUUAUUACAGAAACCAGAUAUUUUAAAGCAAUUGAAAGUAGCAUUAGCUGAAAACCCAGAGGAUUUCAGUGAGAAGAAUUUCACGUCCAGGGAAAUUUCUCUCAACGGUCAGAAGUUUGAAGUAAUUAGAACCACAAAUCCUAAUCUAAUUCCUAAAGGUGCUAUAGCAGCUGAUGGAGCAAGUUUGCAACAAAUAAUGGCUGCUACAGCAACACCUGGACCACAAAAGGAAAGUCGCAUUUCAUUCGACGAUUUGACAAAAGGCGUUUUGCCCCCUGGUGCAAACUUUGAACUCAUAAAACAAAGUGAUAAUGGUAAAUUAGAAGAAGUAUCGAAAAUACCUAAUACACUACAAAAUAAGAAGAAGGUAACAUUCGUCUUCUUAGAAGAACAAGAUGAUGGAUCUUUCAAAGUUAAAGGAGUUAAAGCUAACGGACAGCAAACCGAAGAAGGACCCGAAGUAGAAAACAUACUAAACAAAAUAAAGAAGGGUGAAAUACAGCUGCCCGGAAAGCUAUCAAAUAGCGUGUAUAGCUCUACAACAGCAAGCCCUAGUCCCUCUUCUGUGACACCUGAUUACAUAGCAGAAUCAUCGCAUCACCCGUCGAGUUACUCUAGUUUUGUUACGGGAACUACAAUUCCCCACAACUCCGUGAGUGUCACUACGUCAGCACCGAAUUCUUAUCGUAGCACUAUCCUUCAAUCCACAAGAGGUACUCAAUUGCAAACUCAGACCUUCUCGCCAUCUACAAGGGUGGUAACAACAACUGAAAGAUACUCUCCAUCAACAUCGCCCUCGUUUGAUUAUAGAAAUAACCAAAGUCCUACAUUCCCAAGUUCAGCGUAUUCAAGUGUAGUUACUACUCCAUCGUAUUCUAGAACUCCGGAAGACCUUGUUGUAAUAGGAUCAAGUACAAUUUCGCCUCAACAUGAUCAUGCAAGCUAUGCUAGACAAUCAUCCAGUCCUGGAUUGGUAGACAUCUUGAAAGAAAACGGACUCUUUGCAACGGCGAAGUAUUUGAAGCAAUCUGGUCUGGAUACAAUUCUGAAUGAGACUGGACCUUACACGAUCUUCGCUCCAACUGACAAGGCAUUUAGAACGCUUUUAGUGCAGCUUGGUGGACCUGAUAAGGCCGAGGAAAAGUUCCGUGAUAAUCCUAGGCUUCUGAGUGGACUUCUCCUCCACCACGUGAUCCCUGGUGCGUUCGACAUCGGCUCCCUCCAGGACGAGAUGACAGGAGUGUCCCUGGCCGGCACUCAACUGAGGGUCAACCAGUACGACAUGCACGAUGUCGAGUGGAAUGAAGUGAAGGUCACCACGAUAAAUGGAGCGAGGGUGUUGGAGGAAAAGAAGGAUAUUCAUAUACCGCAAGGUAUAGCCCACGCUGUAGACCGUGUGAUGUUCCCUCUCCCCGUUGGAGACCUGGUGCAGACGCUGCAAGCUGAUAGGGAUAGGAGGUUCACUACAUUCCUCAAGGCUAUCUUCGCGAGUGGCUUCGCUGACACUCUCGCAGAGAGUAAAACUUAUACAGUAUUCGCACCAACGGACGCGGCAUUCGCGCGACUCGCGCCCGCAGAGCUCCCGCGCUACGCGGAGAAGGCGGCGGCGCGCGCGCUGGUGGCGCGGCACGUGCUGCCCGGCACGCUGUACAGCGCCGGCAUGCGCUACUACCAGCUCAGGAACUCCAUGGAGGACGCCAAGCCGCUGACGCUGCAGAAGAAUGCUGGUCGCAUAAAAGUAAACAACGCGCAAGUGAUCACCCACAACAUCCCAGCGACGAACGGUGUCAUCCACGCGAUCGACAACAUCCUUUAACCAAUCAAUGCACUCAGAUCCUCCCGCCAAUUAGCUUCAGUGAAGCUAUUUUCGUUGCUAUAGUCCGGUCGCUUAGACUAGAUAGUGUCGCUGUAUCUCCACUACGCACGGUUGUCGGCAUGCGAAGCGGAGACGAAAAUGUAGAAAAGCGGACCCUGGGCUCCGACGCUCAAUGGCUGAAGAAUCUACCGGGAAAACGUUCAGAUGAGAGAGUGUGUCGCUGUGUACAGUCAACAGCACAUCAAGUUACCCUGCAUGAAAUUCUACGGCGCGGUAAUGGGGGCGAGUUUGCAAUUAUUUUAGUAGGUUGAUGUGCUCUUAACUGUACUCUUUGAGAUUUUUUUUAAAUCACUGAGCAAACAAACAGACAUGCGGCUUCCUGAUUGCGCGUGGACACCGUAACCUAUGGUCGCCUGGAAGACCAACAUUUUCUAUGAAAAUUAAUCUUUUACAAUACCAGCGUAUUAGCCCCCAUUGCACCCUGGGCUCCGACGCUCAACGGCUAAGAAAGGGACCGGGUAACACUCGAUGAGAGAGAGCCCCCAUAGGAAAUUAGAGUGACAAUAGUACCUAGUGUUUCCAACACUUGCAAAUCAAUCUGAAAUUGUGAUAAUCUCAUAUUACCUAGGUAUGCUAAUACCUAAGCGACAAAAUGAAGCGGGUACUUCGAUAGAAAAAAAUGCAUUUAAGUCCAAACAUCUUGAAAUAUCCACAAUAGUGCUCGUGUGAUAUUUAUUUGCUCUAUAUUAUUGCAUGACGGAUGCCGUUCCACGGCAAGCUCUAUUGGUCACAACAAAUAGUAUUCAGUCAUAAAUCCAUCCAACUUUCUUUCCGCUAUGCUAUGUAUAAUAAAAAUAAAUCAUAGCACAGUACGAGCGAAAUACUAAUUAAAACUAUAUAAACAUAAUUAACAAUGAAAAUUAAAUAGGUAUUCAUUAGAAAUAUUUUCAAAUCAUGCGCAGAAGUGAUAUGAAACAAAGAUCUAUGAAACAUUUGAACAAUGAAAUUUUAACUUUACCUAGCUAUUUGUUAAGCCGGCUACACACUAUCGCGUAUGAAUGCGAAUGCAUGAACAUUGCUUGUUACGAGUGCUUUUAUUUACAGCAAUAAAAAACCAGCAAUGUAUACCUACCGAGUCCACAAAGUUCGGCGAUUGCCCGCGAUAGUGUGGGGCCGACAUUGUACAGUAACAGCUUCCAAGAAUCAUGUGUAAUCUUUUAUCAAUUUUGCGCCUCGAAACAAUGGAUACAAAGGUGACUUUGUCUGCGCAAACCCAGGCAUUUAAAAAGUAUUUUAGUAAACAAAUUGAUUGUAUAUCCAUCCAUACUAACGUAACUAAGUAUGUAGAUACUUAGUUAUAAGAAAUGUAAAAGUGUGUAUGCUUGUCUCAUUCACGUCACGGCGUAAUUAAAUGUUUUUUUUUUUAUGAGAUGGCCGGCUAAGUGACGAAGGCGGAGCCGGGGCCUAUAGCUAGUACGGUUAUGUAGGCACAGUAGUACUAAGCGAUCGGACUUGACACAAUUACACCUACCUUCUGACCGCAGCUGAAGCCGCUUUAAUUUUAAAAAAAUAUAUAAUUUUAAGACUGUAAAUAUUGACUAGACUAAGAAAUUAAUUUAUAUGCGAGUGUUACAAUUUUUGUAAAUAUUGUUUAUGAUAACAAAAUGGUUUUUUUUUUAAUAAUCCACGCGACUCAUAUUCCCAUAAUCUAUAGUCUAUAGUAGUCUAUAGUAGUGUAGGUAACCACAUGUUAUAAACCGAGAACUGAAUCGUAAGUUUAUAUCUAUUAUAAGGCGAUAAAAAAUCGAGGUUCUCUACGACCUAUCCAGCAUACGAGAGGGUUACGUGGGGUCCUACAACGAUCUUAAAUUGAGUGUUGUGUCUAUUUAUUUAUAUCUAUUAGCGCAUACAUGCUUAAAUGCAAAUAGGUACCUACUGGUCGUUGACUCACAAUAAAUUUCAUAUCUUACGACAAUGUAUCAGUUGAAAUUUUACGAAAACAAACAGGAUACACGUGACUCAACUCAAUAGUUGUCUGAUGUUAAGCAAUACUUAUAAGAUAUAUAAAAAUAUUUGUUUCAGAC